CUGAGCGGCUAGGAGACACCGUGAGUAGCAAGCGGUACAAAGUGGAUAGGGAAAAAAAAUAAAAAUAAUAAUAAUUUCUUGGGACUUCCCGCGGGCCUGAUUUUGGACGCUGGCGGGCCGGAUACGCAGGCCCUAGUUUGGGGACCCCUGCUCUAAAUACAAAUGCCUUACUUAAGGUUGGCGCCAUGCAGGUUGGCGUGCUCCUCACUCAGGGAUGGUUGCAGCCUGUACGGCCAUGCAGGCUCUCACAUCCACCCUAAAAAUUGGAAGUGACAAGCCACUUAAGUAAAGGUGUCCGCAUCCCCCCAUAAGUACCCCUCCUCCUCCUCCACCCACCACCCAUCAGGCGCCAUGUAACUCCACUUAGAGCUGUCACUUUGAUUACUUGGCAGCUGGAUUUGGGUUACCUUGCAAGAGAAAGAAGAAAAAAAGAAAAGAAAGUCCAAUAAAAAUUUCACAUCUGCCAGUGUUGCAUCCCGCUGCCUGUCGUCAUGGCGACCGAAAAACCCCAGGUGGAUGUCUCCAUCAGUGCCCUGUGAGCCUCUAAUGUUUUGUCUUUGCUGGUUUAACUCCUCUUCUUCCUAUUGAGAAAAGAAAUAACUUUAUCAGGCCUGCAGUUCUCAAAGUGUGCCACUAGAGCGGCGCUAGUUAACCAGCUCAAUAGUAGGAAGCACAAAAUUAAUUGUUUAUUUUCUCUGAUGUUCAACAGGCAUGAAGCUUGCAGGAACAGUGCAGCAGUCAAGGGAGACCUUUUCCAGUCAGGACAAAGAGAGAGGAAAGUCCGACCAGGAGGCUGCGGACGGCGUCUUGCUGAGUCCGAUCUCCCCCAUGCAGUUCCCGCACUUUUGGAAGAGCAAGCAGCUGGCCACCCCCGGAUCCCGCGAGCAGGACAUGGGCUCGCCGCGUGUCUCCAAGAGACACCGCAAGCUGCUGAAAACAAGCCCUCCCGUCCAACACGACAACGGCCGCAACGCCUCGUCCUCGUCUCCCUCCGCCUGGUCCUCCUCGGGCCGGUCCUCCCUCCAGCGCUGGAGGAACCUCUCCCUGGUGCUGGAGCGGCGGCGCCAGCUGAUGAAGAAGAUGUGCGCCAAGUACAAGAGCAGCAUUUCCAGGACCAUCACGAGGCACCACGUGAAGAACAUCUACGUGGAGGACAAGUACAAGCUGCUGUACUGCCAGGUGCCCAAGGCGGGCUGCUCCAACUGGAAGCGGACCCUGAUGGUGCUGGCGGGCCAGGCCUCCGACGCCCGCAGCAUCAACCACGACGCCGUUCACUACGGCAACCACCUGAAGACGCUGGACAGCUUCGACAGGCAGGGGAUCACGCGGCGCCUGGGGACGUACACCAAGGUCCUGUUCGUGCGAGAGCCCUUGGAGAGGAUGGUGUCGGCCUACAGGGAUAAAUUCGAGAACCCCAACAACUACUACCACUCGCUCUUCGGUAAACCCAUCAUCUCCAAGUACAGGGUCAACGCAUCCAGGGCGGCUUUGGAUUCGGGGAACGGCGUCACCUUCCAGGAGUUCGUCCACUACCUGCUGGACGUCCACCGGCCCGUGGGCAUGGACAUCCACUGGGAGGCGGCCAACCAGCUGUGCAACCCGUGUCUCAUAGACUACGACUUCAUCGGCAAGUUCGAGAACAUGGACGACGAGUCCAACCUCCUCCUGCGCUUGGCGGGGGCGCCCGGGAACCUGACGUUGCCCAGUUUCAAGGACCGCAACCCGGCCGACAAGAGGACCUCCUCGCAGAUAACGCAGAAGUACUUUGCGCAGGUCGGCGCCUUGGAGAGACAACGGGUUUACGACUUCUACUACAUGGACUAUCUCAUGUUUAACUACUCCAAACCUUUUCAGGAUUUAUACUGAUCGACUCCCGUCAACACCGCCGGGUCAUCUAGUUAAAGCUUUUAUUUUGAAGUUCAAAAAAAAAAAAACACUUUCUACCAGAUUACAAGAUGCAAACACAUAAAUAAUGCUGCAUUAGGUUGAUGUGAUGUUUCAAAAAUACUAUUGACUGUCUUUAAAUUGUCUACUCUACAUUAUCUAUUAUCUACUAGCACACGGUGAGGUAGAAUUUUCCAAUGAUAAAUGUUAUGCUUCUUGAAAAAAAAAUAGUUUGAUAGCGUUCAACAGGCUUUAAAUGAUGUCUUGCUGUAAGUCAAAUAGGAAAUGCAAAGGCUUGGUAAGGGUUAGCUUGGUGCAUUGAGUACGAGGGCCAUACAGGAAAUAACCACAAACUGACUAAGUUGGACUUUUAGCAGCACAUUUAACACAAAUUAUACAGUACAGGCCACAAGUUUGGACACACCUUCUCAUUUCAAUGCGUUUCCUUUAUUUUCAUGACUAUUUACAUUGUAGAUUGUCACUGAAGGCAUCAAAACUCUGACACCUGUGAAGUGAAAACCCUUUCAGGUGACUACCUCUUAAAGCUCAUUAAGAGAAUGCCAAGAGUGUGCAAAAAAGUAAUCGGAGCAAAGGGUGGUUAUUUUGAAGAAACUAGAAUAUAAAACAUGUUUUCAGUUAUUUCACCUUUUUUUUGUGUGUUAAGUACAUAACUCC